AUGAAUUUUUCUGAAGAAGAAGAAUACAGUAAUAGAAACGCAGCUAGUUCACAAAAACUUGGAUCACUAUUUAAAGAUAAUAACGCAAUGUCAGGUAACCAAUCAUUACAAUAUACAAAUAAUAAAACACAAUCCUCAGCAAAUUCAAAUUCACCAGAUGUUUUAAUUUCUUUCCCAAUUCAUUUAUAUAAAUUUGAUAAUAAUAAAAAUGAAUAUGUAUCAUCAGGUAGUAUUGCAACAGCAAUUGUAGGAUAUAAAUCAAGUGGUAAAUAUCAAUUAUUAGCAUAUGACAAUAAUAAGAAUUAUAUUGUCACAGUGAAUAUUACAGCACAAUUCAAUUAUUCAGUGACAACAAUCUAUGGUAGUUUCACAGAUGGUAAUGGCCAAAACUGGUCAAUGACAUUCAACUCAGCAGAGGAAUCAACUAAAUAUGCCACUCAUGUUGCAAUUGCCAAGUGUGCGAGUGGUGGUUAUCAACAGAUUACAUUUGUCGAUAUCAACAAUCAAUCGAAAACCAAACCAGUUGCAAAUGGUGAUCGUGUUUCAAUAAAGUAUGCAGGUUGGUUAGAGAACAAUCAAAGAGUUGGUAGUUUAUUCGACUCUAAUCUCCAAUCGGAAACACCAUUCCGUUUUGUAGUUGGUGAAGGUAAAGUCAUCAAAGGUUGGGAUUUAGGUGUCAUUGGUAUGAGAAAAUCCGCUAAAAGAAUCUUGGUCAUUCCUUCAGAAUUAGCAUAUGGUAAGAAAGGUCAUUCAACCAUUCCACCAAAUACAAAUUUAAUCUUUGACCUUGAAGUCACUGGUUCAAAGAAAAAAGAAGGUUCUGAACCUUCACUUCCAUCUUUAAAUGGUCAACCAUCAAAUGCUCCACAACAAUCCUUACCAACUCAAUUAUUUGAUAAUUCUCCAGUACCACAAGAUGAUAAAGCUAAUUUACUUCAAAGAGUUGCUAAAUUAGGUAGAGCCACUGGUUUCACUUCUCCACCACCAUCUGAUAGUGAGAAUGAAUCAAACUCAAGAAAUUCACAUAGCAAUAAUAGUCACAAUAACAAUAAUAAUAACAAUAGCAAUAGCAAUAACAAUAGCAAUAGCAAUAGCAAUAACAACAAUAAUAAUAAUAACCAAAAUAAUAAUAAUAACAAUAACAACCAAAAUAACAACCAAAAUAAUAACAAUAACAACAAUUAUAAUAACAAUAAUAAUAAUAACAAUGGUUAUAAUAAUAACAAUAAUAAUAAUGGUUAUAAUAAUAACAAUAAUUAUAAUAAUAAUAUGAAUAAUAAUAAUGGAUUUAAUAAUGGUAUGAAUAAUGGAUUUGGUAAUAAUAGUAUGAAUGGUAUGAAUAAUGGAUUUAAUAAUGGUAUGAAUGGUAUGAAUAAUGGUAUGAAUGGUGGAUUUGGUAUGAAUGGUAAUAUGUAUACAUCAUCACAAUCACCACAAUUCAAUCCAAUGGGCACAUUUGGAUCAGCUUAUAAUCAACAACAAGCAUUGAUUGGAUCAGGUGCAUUGGUACCAAUUAUGCCACAACAUCAACAACCAUCAAUUAUUGUUGCAUCACCACCACCACCAGUUCAACAAGCACCACCACCAACACCAGCACCAGCUCCACCACCACCAACUCCAGUGAUUGUUCAAGCACCACCAGCACCAGUACAAUCAACCACUGAAACCAUUCAAAUCUUGGUUGAAGAGAAACAAUUCAAAAAGGAGAUUAAACAUUCUAUCGAUCAAUUCAAUAGUAAAUUAGAUCAAGUUAGUAGUAAAUUUGACUCAUUGGCACAACCAAUCGUUAAAGGCGAUGUACCAAUCUCUGGUGUGCUAUUAGUUCAAACACUUCAUAGAUUAGUUGAAGACAAUGAAAAAUUGAUCAAAGAGAACGUUGAAAAAGAGAAUCGUAUGGUUACACUAAAGGAAAACAUUGCUACCCUUCAUAAAAAGAAUGAACAAUUCCUCGAAGAGAACACUAAAAUGAUGGAAUCACGUAAUGAAGCAAUCACUGAUAAUGUCGCUCAAAUGAGAAGACAAAUCAUUGACCUUCAAAAACAAAAAACAUUGGUUGAGGAUGAUCUCGCCGAUAAACAAAUGUUACACACUAAAUCACAAUCAGUUAUCAAUCAAUUAAAGAGAGACUACAACACCCUUCAAGAGGAACUCAACUCUGCCAAAGAAGAGAACCAAAAGAGUAUUCAAGAUCAAGAGGCACUCAAACAAGCUGAAAAAGAUUAUGCCCUUAAAAUCCGUGCUUUCAAAAAGAGUUUACUCGAUGAAAAGAACGCCAGAAAAUCUGAUAUUGAAAAAAUCAACUCUUUGGAGGACGAGUUAAAGGAUGCUCAAGAUAGUUUGACUCAAGCAGAGAAAAGCAAUGAAGAGUCCUUAAAGAGACUUAAAUUGGAUAUGGUUAGAAUUAAAAAGAGAAACGAUGAUAAGGUCUCUCAAUUAACUUUGGAGAUUACAACACUCAAAGAUACCUUGGAAACUGAACGUUCAGCUUUAUCCUCUGUUCAAACUUUGGUUGAAAAUACUCGUUUAGAGACUGAAUCCAAAUUCAAUCUUUUAUUAAUCAAAAAGGAGGAAGCUAUCGCUGCUGCUGAAUUAUCACUUAGUGAGGAACAAUCGAAAUAUAAUAAACUCGUACAAUCAAAUAACCAACAAAUCGAUCAAUUACAAAAAUUAAUCGAUGAUGCUAAAAAGAAAUUGGAUCAUGAGAAAGAGGAAGUCAUUAAAUCAUACAAAAAAGGUUUCGCCGAAGGUAUUGAAUCAACUAAACAAGAGAAUGAUUUAAUCACCACCCUUCAACAACAAAUUCAACAAUUAACAACUCAAUAUGAUGAUACAAAGAAAUCUUUAAUUGAAACUAAAGAGAAAUUAUCAACUUUAGAAUCACAACCACCAAAAACUAUCGUUAAAGAAGUUAUUGUUAAAGUUCCAUCCGAUGGUACCACUGUUGCUGUUGCAUCUUCAAACAAUGUUGAUGUCGCUAAAGAAGUUAAAGUUUGUAUGCAAAAAGUAUUUGUUCAAGUAUCUGAAUCAUUUGAUGAAGAUGAAGAAUAUUCAACUGAUUCUAUCAUGUCAACAUUUAAAGAUGUAAUUAAAAGAGUUACUGUUGAAUACAUUCAAGAACAAAAAGAAAAACAACAACAACAACAAGAAAAAGAAGAAGAAGAAGUUGUAGAAGAAGAAGAAAAAGAAGAAGAAGAAAAAGAAGAAGAAGAAAAAGAAGAAGAAGAAAAAGAAGAAGAAAAAGAAGAAGAAAAAGAACAAGAAGAAGAAGAAGAAGAAAAAGAAGUUGUUGUUGAAGAAAUAGUUACUAUUGCUGAAGAAGUUAAAGAAGAAGAAGUUGUUGUUGAAGAACCAGUCACUGUUGUUGAAGAAGUUAAAGAAGAAAAACCAACACCAGCAAUUGAAGAACCAGUUGUCGCUAAAUCACAAACUGUCGUUGAUCCACUCUCUACUAAAGAUGAUGAAGAUGAUGACGACGAUGAAGACGAUUAUGAUGAUAUCAAUGAAGAAGAUCUUAAAAAUAUUGAUGCCGAAAUUGAAAAGAUGCAACAAGAAAUGGGUGAUGAACUUGAAGACGAUGAUGACGAAGAAGAAGAAAAAGAAAAAGAAACAGCUCCAGUUGUUACUAAAUCAGAAGUUGUUGAUCCACUCUCAUCUACUAAAGAAGAAUCUGAAGAAGAAGAAGAAGAGGAAACUAAAGUUGAAGUACCAGUUUUAGAAGAAGAAAAAGAAGAAGAAGAAACCAAAGUUGAAGUUCCAGUUUUAGAAGAUGAACAAGAAGAUAAAGUUGAAUCAGACGUUGAAGAGAAAAUUGUUGAACCACCAACUUUAGAUGAAGACGAUUUUGAAAAAGUUGAAGUACCAGUUUUAGGAGAUGAUGAACAAGAUGAAAAAGUUGUUGAAGAACCAGCUCCAGAAGAAGAAGAGGAAACUAAAGUUGAAGUUCCAGUUUUAAAUAAAGAUGAUGAUGAAGAUAAUGAAAAAGAUGUUGCAUCAGAUUCUGAAGAAACACCAUCAACUCCACCACCAAUUGAUGAUGUAGAAGAGGAAGAAGAAAAAGAAGAAAAAGUUGUUGAACAAGUUAAAGAAGAAAUUAAUGAAACUAAAUUUGAAUCAUCACCAUUUGCUGUUGAUGAACCAACAACUACUGAAGAAAAAGAAGAAGAGAAAGAAGAAGAAAAAGUAGAAGAAGAAGAGGAAAAAGUUGUUGAACCACCAACUAUUGAUGAUGAUGAAACAACUGCACCAGUAAUUCCAUCAAUUGAUAAUUCACCAAGACAAACCACUACUGAAGAAGAAGAAUCAUCAACUACUGCCGCUACCACUUCCACAACUACAACUUCAUCAACACCAGUUAAACCAGAUGAAGCUGAUACCACAAAGAAAACACCAAAGAAGACAUCAUUCUUUGAUUUUGAUGAUAGUCCAUUCUCAGCUGAAACUGAAACCGAAACUAAAUCAACAGCUGCAUCAUCUGAUCCAUUUGCCGAUACAACUUCAUCAACUCCAACUUCAACUAAAAAGAAAGAUUUCUUUAGUACUGAUGACGAUAGUUUAUUUGGAAACUCUAGUGACAUUUUCGAUAAACCUUCAACUACCACCAAGAAAGAUCCAUUCGAUACAGAUUCAACUGAUGAUCUUUUUGGUUCAAUUAAAACAAACAAAGAAUCAACAUCAACAGCAUCAUCAACUUCAAAUGGUGGUCUCUUUGAUUCAGAUUCAUUAUUUGGUGGAAUCAGCGUUGCAAAAUCAAAUAAUAAUACUCCAUCAAGACAAAAACAAGAUUUCUCUUCAUUAUUUGGUUCUGAUCCAACCAUUUCACCAUUAACUGAAACUGAACCAGAAGAAAAAGAAAUAGUUUUACCACUUUAA